GCAAAAAUCCCACUUCUCGAUCUCCCGUACGUCUUCUUGCUCUCUUAAACCAACCGAAGGUAACUCCAAUGUCCACAACUCCAGCAGUCCCCAGAUGGAGCCCGAGCCCGAGCCCGAGCAGGCCGCUGCGUGAUUGGGCUGCAGGAGACCAGAGCCCCUUUCCGUUCAGCAACAGCCCGUCUCCUCCCCCGAUGCUCCACCACCGGGGCAGAGGGGGACACGUGGACGGCGAGGAUCCUGUGGAGCUCGAGAUGGGGAGAGUGGAGCACGUUAACGGAGGGGGUCGCGCAGGGGUUUCGAUGACGUGGGAGGACCUUUGGGCUUGGGCUUCCGAUGGUAGUGAGGAUGGGAGAGUUCCGAUCCUUUGUGGGCUCAAUGGCUUCGCUAGGCCCGGUGAGGUUUUGGCUAUUAUGGGUCCAUCUGGGUGUGGGAAGUCUACUCUUCUCGACGCAUUGGCAGGAAGAUUAGGAUCAAAUCUAAGACAAACGGGAGACAUUCUGAUCAACGGCCAGAAACAGUCACUUUCUUUUGGAACCUCCGCUUAUGUUACACAAGAUGACGUGCUUAUGACGACACUCACUGUCCAAGAAGCGGUCUACUACUCGGCUGAGCUUCAACUCCCGUCAACCCUGUCGAAAUCAGAGAAAAUCGCCAGAGCAGAGGAUACAAUUCGAGAAAUGGGGCUUGUUUCAGCCAAGAACACAAGAAUAUCAGGCAUCAGUGGCGGGCAAAAGAGGCGGGUGAGCAUAUGUGCUGAGAUCUUGACUCGGCCAAAGCUAUUAUUUCUUGACGAACCAACGAGCGGUUUAGACAGUGCUGCAUCGUACCACGUUGUAAGUCGGAUCGCAAAGCUGGCACGCCGAGAGGGGAUGACGGUGGUUGCCUCCAUCCAUCAGCCGAGCGGUGAGGUUUUUGAUUUGUUCAGCGGACUAUGCCUUCUUGCUUAUGGGAAGACUGUCUAUUUUGGACCAACUUCUUCCACAAGUGAGUUCUUCGCAUCGAAUGGUUUCCCAUGUCCAUCCCUGACGAACCCUUCUGAUCAUUACCUCAAGACAAUUAACAAGGAUUUUGACAAGGAUAUGGAAGAAGGCCCUGAUGCUAAAACGAUAACUACUGCUGAAGCAAUUGAAACCCUUGUGAAGUCUUAUAGAGCUUCAGUUAAUUCACAGGUUGUGAGGCAGCAAAUAGCGGAGAUACAGCAAAUGGGAGGAGGUCUUGUGAAAAAAGGAAAUCAAGCUAGCCCCUUAACCCAAUCCAUUGUCCUCACAAGAAGAUCAUUUGUUAAUAUGCAUAGAGACCUUGGUUACUAUUGGCUGCGCUUAGCAAUUUACAUAGCACUCUGUCUUUGUGUUGGAACAAUUUACCAUGACAUUGGUCAUAGCUAUGGAUCAAUUCAGGCUAGAGGCUCUAUGCUGAUGUUUGUGGCUGCAUUUCUCACUUUCAUGGCGAUUGGCGGGUUUCCUUCUUUUGUGGAAGACAUGAAGAUCUUUGGUAGAGAAAGACUAAACGGGCACUAUGGAGUCACAACUUUCGCGAUAAGCAGUAUUGUCUCCUCCACUCCAUACUUAGCCCUGAUAUCCAUAAUCCCCGGAGCCAUAGCUUACUAUCUAGUUGGCCUCCAAAGACAAUUUGAUCACUUCCUCUACUUCAUCCUCGUAUUAUUCAUGUGCAUGAUGCUCGUAGAGAGCCUAAUGAUGAUUGUCGCAAGCAUAGUCCCUGAUUUCCUCAUGGGCAUAAUAACAGGCGCAGGCAUCCAAGGAGUCAUGAUGCUCAACGGAGGAUUCUUUCGGUUGCCAAAUGACCUCCCAAAGCCAGUAUGGAGAUAUCCAAUGUACUACAUUGCAUUCCAUAAAUAUGCAAAUCAAGGGUUUUACAAGAAUGAGUUCAUUGGUCUAACUUUUCCUAAUAACCAAGUUGGGGGCAGUGCUACUAUUAGUGGUGAGGUGAUACUGAGGGAUUAUUGGCAGGUGGAGAUGGGGUAUUCAAAAUGGGUAGAUCUUGGUAUAUUAUUUGGUAUGGUGGUUGUUUAUAGGUUGUUGUUUUUGAUGAUUGUGAAGAUUUCCGAGAAGGUUAAGCCAAUGUUGAAAGGGCUAAUGAGUAAGGGGAAGGCACAGGGUACAAAUGUUAGUGUGGAGCUCUCUUCAGCUUCAACACCAUGAGAAGCUCGGCCUCAUUUAGGGAUGGAUUGUGUUUUUUAAAGUAGAUUAUCUGUAUUUGUGAGUGUACGAGUGUGUGUUAUAUUUGUUGGAUUUAAAUCCAAUAUAUGGGCCAAUAUAUUAAAUAAAUAUGCAUUAUGUGCUAUCAAUCAAGGUUAGCCCAAUAAAAUGGUCUAAUUUAGGGUUUGAGCUUUUAAUGCAUAAUUAGAUGUAUGGGCCUCCUAUGAUGGGUUGAAUUGAUAAUUAUGAAUAAAUAAGAUUGUGACACCCCAAAUCUCUACGUAGAAUCUCUUUCUGAUUUCUCAUCUUCAGAAGGAUUAGGGCUUCUCUA